AUGGAAGGACAGCUGAAAGUUGAGUCCCUUGUGGAAACACUCGUAGAUGAAUAUAUCUCCCCCGAGAAGGUCAUGUUUCGCUAUGACCGGGAAAAGAAAGUGGAGCUAAUGUACGAGCGGAAGAAGGACAAAGAAGUGAACAAAAUCAGGGCCGACAUUGUAAAGAAGUUAAUCCAGCUAGUGCAGAUAAAUCACACAGAAGGAAAGAACAGACAUGGCACGAUGGUACAAAUAAUAGGUGCCCUGAAGAGGUUCCUAUUCUGUAAUGAAAAUAUGAAGAGAGGAUCUGCAGUGAAUUUAAUUGCCCAACUGUUUGAAGAGAUCAGCAUAGUCGACUUAGACACAGAGUACCUCGAAUGUCUGGUCUUUUUUUAUAUUAAGCUAAUUGAAGACUGGCAUUGCGUCAAUGGGGUCACUAAAUUUUUGCUAAUAAUGUUUGAGCGGUACAGGGACCUGUUGAGGGGGAUGAAGUUUUCCUGCGAUGUGAAGAGAACGUAUAGAAUUUUAUUCGCAUCAACGCGUGGGAAGGGGAAGAAGCAUCCAGGGGGGGUCGACUUGUCUGGCCAAGUCGAUCGGGGUGACAGGGACGAUUGGAGUCAGUACGAAGAAUAUGCCACGUUUAAGGAAAACGGGGGAGUCUACUACUCUGACGCCUCUGCAGAAGAGGAGGAUGAUGAGGAUGGCUAUGAAGAACGCGGUGACUUCCAACAGGACAAGGAGGAUGUCGAUGAGGAGGACGACGCCGAAUCGGAGGAAGAAAUGGAGAAAGAAAAAAACACCUGCGUUGUGUAUAAAAUAAUGAAGAGCCUGUUUAAGCACGUCCACGCACCAAGUUACCUGCAAAACAUAAGGCUGAAUUGUUACCGCAUUAUUUUGAUAUCCUUGCAUGAGUUUAGAGCCGAGAUGGUGGCCAUUCCAAAUUUCAUCGACAAGAUCCAGGUGCAGCUGGAGAAUGAGUCGGACCCGAGGAACAUUUUGGUGCUCUUUGACAUUAUACAGGUUUUGUGCAGUGGGUACAUAACGCAUGAACAAGGGGGGGAAGUUCAUUCAGAUGGUACAGCGGAAGGGGCGAAGUGUGUUAUCCCGAACGGCUUGGAGGAGGAAGCCACACAGGAAAGAAACCCAGGAGCGCUAUUCACCGUGGACAGAGAAAGACACUACCUCAAGUCAGUCAUUGACAUCGCCUUUUAUUACUUCCCAAUCGAAUUUGUGAACAGCGAAGCAAGGUACGAUAGCAUCACCGAGGAGGACCUACAGAAAGCCUUUUACAAAUGUCUGAAGUCAAACAGUCGGUUGGGGAACCACGUAAUAAUGAGCAUUUUAGAGGAACUGUACAACACACAAGAGGAUGAAAUAAAUGAGAAGAAUUUACAAAAUAUUAAGGACACCCUGGAAGUGUGUGCACCAUUCUAUGGUAGUGUAUGUUGCUCAGAGUUCGUCUCGACCAUUACGGGACUCAUCGAAUUGGAGUGCAUAGACAGUGACGCUUCGGAUAAAAUGGCAACCUACUUUGUAAAAAUACUACUUCUCUUUUUUAAUAUAAUAAAUGAAGAGGAGGACGAGCAGCUGAAACAGUCCUUAUUUGAUAUGCACUUUGCGGGAAUGUUUCGGAAACUUAACAACUUCCUCAUUCUGCAUAAGUGCCUCUGCAAUGGGAAGGCACCCUUGGAAAAUGUUGCACCUGAAGGGGUGGACCCUACGGUGGAUCCCCCUGUGAGGGCAUCCUCCACUGAGCGAAACAGCUUGGCAGAGCUAUUCCGUUUGGAAGAAAUUGCAAAUUUGUCCGAUUCGUCCAAGUCGGGAAGUGAUCGCAGUGAUCGCAGUAAUCGCAGUAACCGAAGUAACCUUAGUAGAGGAAGUGGUGGAAGCGCCCCCCAAGACCACAGCGACCGCACCAGCGAAAGUGACAGGAAUAUCCUCUCCAUCAUAAGGGAAAAAAACCACAUCGAAAAAAUGAAGGAAAAAAAGGAAAAACAAAAGAAAAGGAACAAAAUAAAACUGAACAAAUUUCCCAUAAUUGAGAAGAUCCUCGUGUGCAUAUCAAAAGGGAACACCUACGUCUUCCUAUACGUUUUGGAGACGACCCUUAAGCCGAUGCUUCAUGAGUGCUACUAUUUGGUGCAUGCUCUGACGGGGGAAGGGAAGACUCCUACCCGGGUAAACACGCAAGAGUUGUCAUCUGAGAAGGAUUCACUCACUGAGCACAACGCCAAGAUCAAAGCCAAGUGGAACCUCGUGGCCACGUACCUCAGCUUCAUAAAUAACGUGAUGAGCAAAAGCGCCAAAGUGGAGGAAAUAGUAGCGAAGAAGACCAGCUUUGUGAAGGAAAUAUGCAUAAUCGGGGAGCUGCUCCGGAUGGGGAAGGACCAGUUUUUUCACGAGUACCACGAAUCGGGUCUGCACCUCUUUGGUAUCUUAGCCAGUUUUGUGUGCAUGCAUGGGGGGGCAGCUGUGGGGGAAAACGCAACAGGAAACGUAAUGGAAAAUGUAACGAAUGAUGACACCCUGUUCCACCAAACGAUCAUCCUCUUCUUCUACUUGAUCGGAAUGCACCCAGGGGAGAACGUAAAGCUCCAUGUGUUGGACGACAGCGGACGCGAUCUCCUCGACCAGGAAGGAAACCACUUCCUUAAGAACGCAGAAGAGUGGAGAAGGAGCAUCGUCGAGAACCACCAUGAGUUCAUCGCAGACAUGAAACAGAACAACGAAAAUAUUCUUCGGGAAUGUAAGGAAUAUAAAAAAAACGACCUGCUCUUUUUUCUCACGUUAGUAGGUAAAAUAAUAAGACACAAGUAUGAGCAGAUUAGCAGUUACGUAAACACGCUACUGAUCAAUUUGUGCUUCCUACUGGUAAAGUUCCACUUCGGGAAGAAGAAAGAUUUGGAAUUAUGCAUAUCCCUUUUGAGGGACACCUACCAGGUGGAUAUUCCCUACCUCCUUUUCAUUUCCACGAAUGUGGCUUCAUUUGUGUUGAAGAAUUUUUACCACCACGUUGAGGAGGUGAAGGAGGAGUUUCUCCUCUUGAAGGGGGAAGAAGGCACCACAGGAAGUGCCUCUAUUCAGCUGGACAAUCAGACAGACUGCCAACUUGAUCUGGAGUUAUCUCCACAAAUGGAUGAGUGUGAACCCCAUUCAGGGAUUUCCCCCGAUGGAGUCAUCGCCGAAAUAGUUCGCUUCGGUGGAGACCCCAUUGGAGAGACGCUAAAGUGGAAGCGCGUCCAGGUGAAGUGCCUCCUUGUGGGUUCCAAACAGGGGGUGUCACUAAAGAAGUCGUACGAAAUGGAGGGGGAAAAGAAAAAAAAAAAAAAAUUUUUUUGGGGUAAGGCAAAAAAGGAAGAGAAAGACACAACAUGGGAAAGUCAAUCGUUUAAGGUUCCCAUGUGUGAAUCCACAAAUUGGGAAGACAUCACGUCGUUUUAUCUUUCCUACAUAGUCAGUUUGGCGUAUUGGCAGAUUUACAAGGCGUGUGAAGGGGUUAUAAAGGGAAGUGCGACGCUUGCAGUUUCGGAUGAGUCACCAAAUGAUCAGAAUGAUCAGGAUAAGGAUAAGGUAAAGGACGAACUUUGCAAAACCUAUCUCCUUGUGAACAAUGUAGAGGUGAUGGAACUCUGCGUAAAUUACCUCUACGAGGAGGCAGUCGUGAGGAGCAUCCUACCCAAAGGCACGCCAACAAAGGAGGAAAAACAAAAGGGACAAAACAAAGCAGAUAAUUUGAAAUGCAUUCAAAUAAUGAAUAGCAAUGAAGAGCUAAGUUACUAUGGGACCUACGUGAACAACCUGAAAAGUUUCAUUCGAAUAAAUGAAGUGACAAAUCUACACCUGAGGGGUCAAAUUAACAAAAGGGGAAAACCUGGGACGGUUCUGCAUUCCCAAAUAAGUCCCAUCCGUUACCUCCCAAGUAGUAACCCAUUCCUUCAUGUAGACGUGUUCGAGACGGACACUUUGCUAUACAUUCUAAAAAUGACCUUAACGAGUCAUAUAAUUUGUGAAGAUUGGAAGGGAAAAGCGGACCAAAAAGGGGAUGUAGAAAUGCCCACCCUGGCUAGUUACCUAUAUGAAAAAGUAAAAAAAAACGUGAACCAUAUAUUUAUCACCAUGAGUGAGGAGAAGAAGAAAGAAUUUAUCGAAAGGCUGAUUGAUUGUUGUGUAGGGGGGGAUGCACAUACAUACAUGUCCGAUAAGGAGGGUAUGUUUGGAGGAAGCAUUGAAGGGAAUUACCACUUGGUCAAAUUGAAUAGGGAGAAGUUUUCCCCACGUCUAAUGAACCCGCUUCUGUUGCUUUUCCUACCAGCUCUUCUCUCCAUUUAUACACAAAUAGGACUAGAGCACAUGCAGAAAUUAUUAAAAUUGUGCAUGCACAUCUUUUUAUUUAACCUCCCCCUGGAGAGCUGUCCCUCCGAUCUAAUUACCACCUAUGAGGAUAACUCAAAUGGAGGGGGGACGAAUCGAAGUGCAUUUCCCACGCAAGAAUCCGUUUUGAAAUUUUUAGACCAAAAAUGUAAGGAGCAUCUUAACGAAGGGAAAGUCCCCUUUUGGGAUGGCGACCAUGUAGGAGAUUGUCUUCUCCACCUGGAUCGGGCCAAUUUAGAAAGUGUGCAUAAAUGUGCCCUACAAAUUGUAGGCAUUUUAAUGCAUAACUGGGAUGGCAUUCACAAAAUGGUGAACUUCAUUUUAGCCCCAUUCGAUUUGGUCGAGGAGGUUGGCAUAAGCAUAAACGGUGCACUAUCCUUUAAGCACUUCAUCGACCUGUUUGCAGCAACAUAUGAGGCGUUUAUACGAAGGUGGGAGAAGGCAGAUAACGGGGCAGCAGCAACUUCCAUGGGGGAAGAACCACCCAGGGUAGGCGAAUCUUCAAUGGUCCCCCUUCUGAGCACACUUUUCGAAGCCCCCACGUGGGACCCAUCAAACCAGCUGUUCUAUCUUCUAGAUUGUAUCUACUUUGAAGAAGGGGACACCGAGUUUUCCCAAAUAUUUUACAGUAGAGGUAAAAAUGCACAUCACUUGGGAGAAAAAGCGACUGCAAAUGGGAUAGGAAUUCGCUUGCUGGAUAGAAGGUACUGGAAGGGGGACAAUUGUGAGGGGUGUAGCCCACGCGAGUUGAAGUUUAUGACCUUUUUCCACCACGAAGAGGGAACAAUCAGGGUAGCCAAUUUGAAAGGGGUCAUGCGCCUAUCGGGGGGUCAGUCCAAUGGGGAUAUCGAACAAAUUGAAGAUAAAAGCAGCGGUAGAGUGAUAGACGAGGGGACCUUCUUCCUUCGUCGACACUUCCUCCAUUUCUUCGUGCAGCAUUUCUCCCUCAAUUACGAUUUGACCGUCCACCUGUGGAAGCAUAUCGCAGAAGAAGUGACAGAGGAGAAUCUUAACCUCCUAUGCGAUAGCGUGGCAAGUGCCUCACUUCAUGAGGACACAUUUAAGCACGUGCUGAUUUGGCAUUUCUACCUGUACCCUUCCCAUGUCUACAGUCAUAUCUACGCAGCCAUUCAUAACAUAAACACAAAGCUUCUGUUAAGAGAAGAGAAUUACAACCGUGUUGCGUUCAAACCUAGUGAUGCUUUCCUCACCUUAUGUAGAGAACCUUUGUUGCAUUUUAUUUGUACCAUGUAUAAUUAUAUGUACUUGGUUGAUGUGAGUGGGAGGUUCCUUUCCGUGUCGGAAUUCCUUUGGUUCAUGCAGAGGGAGAAGUUCUCCUUUGAAUGCUCUCUGCCGUUUGACGUCAUCAGGAGGAAUGAGAAGACGCUAGCUUUUUUGGAAAAACUGAGCAGCUAUUUGCACUCCCGGGGCGAAAGCAGUGACAGGGGCACGUCGAAGGAAGUAACUUCCCCCAGGGAGAGAAUGAACCAAGUGAAAAGGGAGGAUAGCAUAUCAGAUGAACACCUGUACGAUUCCCCCGCCCAGGGAAUGAUCAACCCUAUGGAUGCAUCUAAUAAACAGGUGGAAGAACACAGUGAUAUUCACCCAUGCAAGGAGAACGAAUCAGAUGGGCACACCCCCAAGGGCAGCAACUUCCUCUCGCUUUUACAAAAACGGAAAGAGAAUAGGACACUAAAGUACAACUGCAGGUACCUGUGCCUAGUCCACCUGGCGUCCAUUGUGCUGCUGCACACACCUGUGGAAGAGGCACUACAGGAACAUUACAACGUCAUGGAGAUAUGCAUUCUUAAAGGAAUAGGUAAAAUUUCUAAUUUUUUUAUAAGCAAAGGGGAGUACAAUCGGAGCAAUAAGAGGUACAUUAACGGGGUGUUGCGGAAGAACGCUGAGCUCGUUCGUGUUCUCUUUGCCGAGGGGGCAGACGGCCCAGGUGAGGAAGGAAAACACCACGAACAUACGGGCGAGCAGCUAAUCGGGAGGGAAGUUGUGUCACUACUCAUCGUCCUGACCUUGCGUCUCCUCUAUCUAAUAAUGAACCUUUUCAAUUUCGUGGUGGCGCACGAGGGGCAGAUUUGGGGGUCCAGGGAUGGGCCAUCCCCCAUAAGAGCGUCUACCCAAGAACAUCGGAAAGGCACCCUUGAAGAGAACGUCCAAUUUUUAUUGUCCUACAAAUGCCGCCUGGUGAAGAGCCUACUCAAGUUAAUCGUGUCUAUUCCGCUGCCUUUGGCUAGGUAUCAGUGUGCCUGCAUUUUUUAUAUCCUUUCCUUUUUAAACUACAAGUCUUUUCUACCCUACGAUGUCAUUCAGGACAUCAAGUGGUACUUGUCCAUCGCGUCCGUGGAUCCGCACAAGAAGGUCAGGAAAAUGGUGGUGCUCUGCAGAGCCAGGUGGAUGUAA